UAAAAUGAGACUUCCAAAUUUUUACACAUUCAAAUUGUUACCUGCUUCCAUCAAAAAGCAUUAAGAGAGCAAAUCCAGCGAUUAGUGCCAGAUCUUUCCAAUACAAACGCUCUCACUUUCUCUCUCCUUCGUGGCCAAAAUUUUCCAAAGCAAACAUUUUUUAACUACUAUACAACCAAUUCUUCUAUCUCAUGACUCAAAUUAAGCUUCUGAUUUAAUCUUCAUUCUAAUUCAAGCGAUUUACAAUGUAUCAAUGGAGGAAAUUCGAGUUUUUUGAAGAAAAAUACGGUGGAAAAUUCAAGGUACCUGAUGAAAUUACUGGGGAAAUCAAGUGUUGUUCUAGUGGAAGAGGGAAAGUUUCAAUUGGAUGUGAUGAUGGGAAUGUUAGUAUUCUUGAUCGAGGUUUCAAGUUCAAUUAUGCCUUCCAAGCUCACUCUUCUUCCGUCCUUUUUCUUCAACAACUCAAGCAACGCAAUUACCUUCUUACUAUUGGCCAAGAUGAACAGAUUUCUCCACAGGCAUCAGCUAUGUGCCUGAAAGUUUUUGACCUUGAUAAAACACAAAUGGAGGGUACAAGCACGAGCACAUCAGUUCCUGACUGUGUUCAAAUAUUACGUAUAUUUACUAACCAAUUUCCUGAAGCAAAGAUUACAUCCUUCUUAGUUCUAGAGGAAGCGCCACCAAUUUUACUCAUUGCCAUUGGAUUGGACAAUGGCAGCAUCUACUGCAUCAAGGGGGACAUUGCUCGUGAGCGAAUUACCCGUUUUACACUUAGAGUGGAAAAUGCUUCAGCAGGUCAUGCUGCUAUUACAGGACUUGGGUUCAGAAAUGAUGGUCCAGACGUUCUUCUAUUUGCAGCAACUCCAUCUUCUAUUAGCUUGUUCAAUCUCCAAUAUCAACCAGCAAAAAGGCAAACCUUGGAUCAGAUUGGGUGUAAUACAAAAAGUGUUGCAAUGAGUGACCGCUCGGAGCUAAUAAUUGGACGACCUGAAGCUGUGUAUUUUUAUGAAGAUGAUGGGCGUGGUCCUUGCUGGGCAUUUGAAGGAGAGAAGAGAUUCCUUGGAUGGUUCCGUGGAUAUCUUUUGUGUGUAAUUGCAGAUCAAAGAAGUACCAAGAAUACAUUUAAUAUUUAUGACCUGAAGAACAAAUUGAUAGCACACAGCGCUACGGUUAAUGAAGUCUCACACAUGCUCUGUGAAUGGGGCAACAUAAUUCUCAUCAUGGCUGAUAAAUCAGCCAUUUGUGUGGGAGAGAAGGAUAUGGAAAGCAAGUUAGAUGUUCUUUUUAAGAAGAAUCUCUAUUCUGUAGCUAUUAAUCUUGUUCAAACUCAGCAAGCUGAUGCUGCUGCAACUGCAGAAGUCCUUAGAAAAUAUGGCGAUCACUUAUACAGCAAGCAGGAGUAUGAUCAGGCUAUGGCUCAGUACAUCCACACUAUUGGUCACCUUGAACCUUCAUUUGUGAUACAGAAAUUCCUGGAUGCUCAGAGGAUCCACAAUCUAACCAAUUACUUGGAAAAUUUACAUGAAAAAGGGCUUGCGUCAAAAGAUCAUACUACUCUCUUAUUGAAUUGUUACACUAAGUUAAAAGAUGUUGAUAAGUUGAAUUAUUUUAUUAAAAGUGAGGAUGGUGGGGAGCAUAAGUUUGAUGUAGAGACUGUGAUACGAGUCUGUCGUGCUGCUAAUUAUCACGAACAUGCGAUGUAUGUUGCUAAAAAAGCAGGUAGGCAUGAGUUGUACCUGAAGAUUCUACUGGAAGAUCUUGGUAGAUAUGAUGAAGCCUUACAGUAUAUUUCAAGCCUUGAUCCUAGCCAAGCUGGGGUUACAGUUAAGGAAUAUGGAAAAAUUCUUAUAGAGCACAAACCUAGGGAGACCAUACUUAUACUCCUGAAGCUCUGUACAGAGGAUGGAAAACCUGCCAAAAAGGGUACCUUAUCCAUGUUGCCAUCUCCUGUUGAUUUUCUCAAUAUUUUUGUACAUCAUCCACGAUCUUUAAUGGAUUUUCUUGAGAAAUACACUGAUAGAGUGAAGGAUACACCAGCACAGGUGGAAAUUCACAAUACCCUGUUGGAACUGUAUCUAUCCUAUGACUUGGCCUUCCCCUCAAUGUCACAGUAUAGCUUCAAUGGAGACCUUGGUGACAAGGAAACAAUAUCAUCUGGAGUUACGGCAGUGUCAAAACCUUCAUCAAAUGGGAAACUAUCACUGAGUGACGAUGAGAAAGGCCGUGCUAUAAGACGUGAAAAAGGAUUGCGUUUGCUUCAAAGUGCAUGGCCAUCUGACCAGGAAAAUCCGCUUUAUGAUGUAGAUCUUGUUAUUAUCCUCUGUGAAAUGAAUGCAUUUAGAGAAGGGCUUUUGUUUCUAUAUGAGAAAAUGAAACUGUACAAAGAGGUGAUUGCUUGCUAUAUGCAGGCCCAUGAUCACGAGGGGUUGAUUGCAUGCUGUAAGAGGCUUGGAGAUUCAGGUAAGGGUGGAGAUCCUGCUCUUUGGGCUGACGUAUUAAAAUACUUUGGUGAACUUGGAGAAGAUUGCUCCAGAGAAGUUAGAGAGGUCUUGAAAUAUAUUGAGAGGGAUGACAUUUUACCACCUAUUGUUGUACUUCAAACACUGUCCCAGAAUCCAUGCCUCACUCUAUCUGUAAUUAAGGAUUAUAUCGCUCGGAAACUUGAACAGGAGUCUAAGCUGAUUGAAGAGGACAGGCUGGCCGUUGAAAAGUAUCAGGAGGACACAUCAGCAAUGAGGAAAGAAAUUGAGGAUCUGAGGACAAAUGCAAGAAUCUUUCAGCUCAGCAAGUGUUCUACAUGCAAUUUCACUCUUGAUCUUCCAGCAGUCCAUUUUAUGUGUAUGCACUCUUAUCAUCUACGUUGCCUUGGUGACAAUGAAAAGGAGUGUCCCGAGUGUGCUCCCGAGUACAUGUCUGUGCUGGAAAUGAAGAGAAGCUUGGAACAAAACUCAAAAGACCAAGAUCAAUUCUUUCAGAAAGUUAAGAACUCCAAAGAUGGAUUCUCUGUUAUUGCUGAUUAUUUUGGAAAAGGAAUAAUCAGCAAGACAAAACCCAAUGAAGAUUCUUCUUCCGACAGUGGCUUUUAAGGGUCUAAUUAUCUUAGUAUUUGUCCAAGUUUCUUAUGUUCCCAACUAAUUAUCCCGUAUCAGUGGAUUACUGAUUAUAUUGAUGAGUUCUAGACUGUGUGGCAGUAACAAGGCUGGAUCUGGGGCCAAAGUUGUUAUUAUGUUAGUUGGCCAACAUCCUGACCCAGAUUAUCUGGGAGUUACUGCAUUUAUAAUGCAUUUAUCUAAAAUGCUCCUCACCUGUUGCACGAUGAUUGUUUGGUUUUGUAAGGAUCUUACUCGGGAACAUUUUGAUUGGUAUUUGAGAUGUUUAUAUAUCUGCGCAAGUUUUGAAAUAAUAGUAGGUAGCAGCUCCAUCUUAGAAUUUUCUCGCUGUAGAUGAGGCUGAAAACUGAGGAAUUUUUGUAUAAUCAUAAAAGGAAGAUCUGAUUCCCUGAUGAUGCUUCUUUUUCAGUGUAUGCAUUAUACUCUGUUCAUUUUCCUGAUUA